AUGGCGGCGCCGCUUCCGAAGUGCCUCACGUUCUGGCAGCUCAUCCCGCUAGGAGUGGGGUCGACCAUAGGCGCGGGAGUGUACGUUCUCAUUGGCACAGUGGCACGGGAGAAGGCCGGACCGGCGCUGCCCGUCUCCUUCCUCAUAGCAGGCGUGGCGGCGGGCUUGGCUGCUCUCUGCUACGCUGAGCUCGCCAGUCGCUGCCCGUCCGCUGGGAGUGCCUAUCACUACGCGCGAUUCACCUUCCUCCUCAUAGCAGGCGUGGCGGCGGGCUUGGCUGCUCUCUGCUACGCUGAGCUCGCCAGUCGGUGUCCCUCUGCUGGGAGUGCUUAUCACUACGCUUACACGACAGUCAGAGAAGUGGUGGCAUGGCUCAUCGGCUGGGCGCUCAUUCUCGAGUACACCGUGGGUGGAGCAGCAGUGGCUCGAGGCAUUUCACCGAACCUGGCAACGGCGUUGGGAGGGGCGGACAGCUUGCCAUUCAUCCUUGCCCGCCUUCCUGUCCCAGGCACCACUGUAGUGUUGGAUCCGUGCGCUGCCCUCAUGGUGGCUGCGGUGACGGCACUGCUGUCUGCCGGCAUUAAAGAGAUGGGUAUGACAAUAGCAAAUGUGAUAAUACUGCUGUUUGUGGCAGUGGCAGGGGCAUGGAUAGGGUUUACCUACGGAUGGCCGGGGUACAAGGAGUCUCCAAGCUAUCUACCAUUCGGAGUGUCGGGAUUGCUGGGGGGAGCUGCAAUGGCAUUUUUCUCGUACAUUGGGUUCGACACCGUAGCCAGCACAGCAGAAGAGGUGAAGCAUCCUCAGAGGGACCUGCCUCUCGGCAUAGGCCUUUCCCUGACGCUCUGUGGCGCUCUCUACAUGGUGAAGCACCCUCAGCGCGACCUGCCUUUGGGGAUAGGCCUGUCCCUUACCUGCUGUGGCGCUCUCUACAUGGUGAUAGCAGCGGUGCUGGUGGGGCUGACUCCGUUUGACUGCAUUGACCCGGACACACCCAUGGCUCAGGCGUUUGACACCUACCAUUUGGAUUGGGCCAAGUACCUUGUGACAGGGGGUGCGCUCGCAGCUCUCUCCACCACUCUCCUCGGAUCCCUGCUGCCCCAGCCGCGCAUACUCAUGGUCAUGGCUCGCGACGGCCUCCUCCCAGCUUGGUUUGGCCGCAUCGACAAGGCCACGGGCGUACCUCAGAACGCGACAGCUGUCACCGGGCUAUUGGCCGCCGCCAUGGCGUUCGUGCUGGAUAUCGGGCAGCUGUCAGGCAUGGUGCGUGGGGGGAAGGGGGGAACAGGAGCAGGAUUUUCCCAUAGCUCGCAUGGGCUAUUGGCCGCCGCCAUGGCGUUUGUGCUGGAUAUCGGGCAGCUGUCAGGCAUGGUGGGUUGGAAGGGGGUGGUGGGAGAGGGGGCGGGAGGGGGGCUAAGUGGGACCAUGGUGAGGAGGGGGGCGUCAGUGUGGGCACUCUCCUCGCCUUCACAACUGUCAGCCUCUCACUCCUCAUCCUUCUUUGAUCUAAACUCUUUCUCCCAUCCUCCUCCACUCACUUUCGCCUCCAUUCCUCCUCUCUCCCUGUCUGCCUCCCCCAUGCCCACACCAGCCUAUACCUUCUCUCCCCCCACUCGACCCCAGUAUAUAACAUCCUCCCUUCCAACUGCCGCCGCAGGGGUGGGUUUUUUUGUCUCUUCCCCGCUCCCGGUCGGCCAAUCCAGUGUGUUCAGGCACAUGGGCUCGCCGGACAGCCUGGGUACAUCUCCGGCCGUUGAAAUCCGAUCCAACGGCCAGCUGCAGUCCGUGUUUUCCCUCACGCCCAACUCGUUUCAAGCACCACUGCUGGCUCGAUUGCUUGAAGAGAGGGCGGAAGAGGGGGAGGGGGAGGAGGGAGGGGAUGAGGAGGAGAGGGAGGACGGAAGAGGGGAGGAGGAGGAGGAGAGUGAGGAAGAGGGAGGGGAUGAGGAAGGGGAGGAGGUGGGAGGGGAAGAGCGAGAAGAGGAGAAGCAGCACCAUACAGCAAACCUUUCCACCGAAUACAAUGCCACAGUACCGAGGGGAAUGGGUGAUGAAGCUGCCGUUGACAUUGCCACUGGGGGCAACACUCUAGGAGUCAGGAAACAGGAUUCUGCUCACCCCACUGCUAUCACACCUACUACAGUCACUGCUACAGCCACACCUGCUGUGACAGGUCCUGCUACAGCCGCUACAGCUGCUACAGCCGCCACUGCACCCACAUCCCACAGACGCCUGGCCUCUCGAGCCAUCGUUGCUGUCUCGCUGGGAGCCCCACUCCUUGGGGUGGCCGCUGCUGCUGCUGCGGAUUCUGCUGACCUCCCCAGUACAGCAAAUUGGCUUCCUCUCCUACUAUUCUCUCUGGGUGGUGCACUGUUCCUCGGGGGGGCAGCAACGUUUGGAUGUAUCAAUGAGGACGAAGGAAGGCACCAGUUCGGAUCAGCAGGAGGGUUCCACUGUCCCUGGGUGCCAUGGCUUCCCCUUGCCAGCAUCCUUGUCAACGUCUAUCUCAUGGCCAAUUUAGGCAUCCUGGUCAACGUGUAUCUCAUGGCCAAUUUAGGUCGACCCAAAACUAGCCACAGUGCUGUCGGGCAAGCCCCCGCGCUGGGCCCUCUUACGUCUCUCGCCUUCCUCCCGCCCCUCGCUCUCCUUCCCCCCCACUCCCUACCAUCCAGUGCGACCACGUGGCUCUACUCCUCCUCGUGGCUCGCUAUAGGAGCACUCGUUUACCUCGCAUAUAGAAUCCGCCACAGUGCUCUGGGGCAGGCCCACACGCCGGGCCCUCUUUCAUCUCCCCUUCCUCUCAAUCACCUUCCCCUGUCGUUCCCCAACUCCCCUGUCUCUUCCCACCUCCCAGUGCCACCACGAGUGGGUGGUGCAGCAGACCGGCAGGCAGGCAGGGAGAGAGGCGCGAGCGGGAUCAAGGCAUGUGGCUGUGAGGUUGCACAAGAGGAUCGGUGUGAGGGGAGAGUAGUGGAGGAGGGGAGAGUAGUGGAGGAGGGUAGUGGAGGAGGGGAGAGUAGUGGAGGGGAACUCGUGCAAGGGGAGGGAAGGGAAGCAGCGGAGUGGUGA